AUGCAAUCCAUGCAAAGACAAUUCGGAAAAUUACUUCACAAGAGUCCCGGAGAUAAUGCUCGAGUUGCUGUUUUACUAACCGAUUAUGAGGACGCCGAUAGAGUUCUUGCUAAGAUCAUUGACCAUACCAAGUCAUGGCACGAAUCCUGGAUCAGCCUAGCUAUGGCGCAAUUGGGUAUAGUCACAGAGUACGACGGCCUUUGGGACCCAAUAGUCGGUGCUACCGAUGGCCAUGGAACACCGGCAUUGCCGACCCCGGACCUCCAGCUCGAACGCACCUUGAGGUUGAAACAGGCUUAUACAGAACUAAAGGCGGAAAUAUUGGAGGAACUAGGUCUCAUUGAGUCUACCAUAAUUAGGCCCGCUGCCGACGCUCGGGAUUGCAUUGCUCCUUUGAGGAAGACCAUUAAGAAGCGAGAAAAUAAGAGGUUAGAUUACGAGAAGUGUCAAGACAAAGUCAACAAAUUGCAGAGGAAGGCUGCUCGGACUCCUAAGGAGGAUGCUGCUCUAGCUAAAGCCGAAGCUGAAGUUGCGCGAACAGCUGAGGAAUUUGAAGUUGCAGACUCACAUCUUAGAGAAACAUUACCACCCUUGGUGUCUGCAAUUUUCAGCAUCAUACCGCCGCUCAUAGCGGGAGUGGUCGUGAUUCAGAAUAGGCUACUCGGACUGUAUUAUACCACGCUCCAUAACUAUUGCCAAGAGUAUGACUUUCCAUCGCCGCCGCCACCCAUGGAAAGUGUGAUAUCCAUGUGGUCGGCUGCUUAUGAGCCCGUCAAGCGCGAAACCGAAUCGAUAACAUGCAUCGCAACGGGCAAGGCUGUCCGGCAGCCUAUGAAACUACCUGACGAUCCAAGCAAUGUCAGCAAUAAUAACGAUCGCAAACCAUCCACAUCGUCCGCCACUUCUUCCACCGCAGAGAACGGCUUUCGUCGUACGCCGUCCGGACUCAUCGGCUCCAGUAGCUCCGCUCCGUCUCCAUCUGGCCCGCGGCCGAAACGCAUCCCUUCGUCAACCUCGAUAGCGUCAUCCCAAGAAAGCACUGUGCCACAGCCAAAACCGAAACCGUCGUUUACUAUCGGCAACCAUCUUACACCCACAGACUUUACCACGGCGUCUCGACUUGGCCAAGGACAUACACCGGCUAUAUCACCUAGUUCUACUCAACCACGAGCGGACUAUUUCGGCCGGCCUUCAACAGCAGCCACAACGACAUCCAAUGCGUCGUUCAACACAGCCGUUAGCGCAGCCUCCAUUGCCGUCAAGAAGAAGCCGCCACCACCACCGCCCCCGAAGAAGAUAGGCGCAAACAAGCCGGAAUUCGUAAUCGCCCAGUUUGAUUUCGCGGGACAAAGUGCAGGCGACCUAUCCUUCCGCGAAGGGGACAGAAUAAAGAUUAUCAAAAAGACGGGCACGGACCAGGACUGGUGGAUGGGCGAAUUGGAUGGCGUCCGGGGCAGCUUCCCGGCAAAUUACUGUAAAGCAACUUAGCAAGUAGCGACUCCGGGACAAAGUGCUAGAAGUGGGAAUCAAAACGCAGACACCAGGGUCGGGGUAUGCGGUAUUAUAUAUAAGUAUUUUAAUAAGUAUCGCUUUUUUGUUCUAUGUUGAUGAUAGUCUAAAGGGGGGGAGGAAGGGAAUUGCUCUACUCUCUUUCCAGUCAUGGUCAUGUUUCAAAAUACACGGAGGAAAAAUGGCUUCACCGAUGAGUGUGGGUGAGUGGGUGGGUGAAGGUGAAGGUGAAAUGAGUAGAUGGGGAUGGAUAAUGGAAUGGGAAAAGAUUUACCUUCCUUUCAUGUCAUAAUGGGAUAUCUGGAUGAUUUAUAUGUGUGAGAGGUGCAGAAAGCAAAGG